GAGGGGCGGGGGAGCCAGCCGACCCCAGGCACUGCCAGGAGCACCCUCCCCCGGUGCGGUCGCGGGUUUUGUGGAGGAGUGCCCUCCGGCUUGGGCUUGGGACUUAGGAGGAAUGAGGGGUUCCCCACCUGGGCCCCAGGCCUGCCUGAGUCUCAUGCCGCAAGAUUCUGGCAGCAAAAUCACCGCCGCCGAGGAACCGACUUAAGGUUUUGUGCGGGAAGUCGAGGGCUGGGGUUUCAGGUUCAGGCUUGGGAGGCAGUUGACUAGCAGUGUCCUAGCCCUGUCCUGGAUCUCUACCCAGCUGCUGCCUCACCCCACGGAGCCGCAAGGACGGCUUAGCAACAGGUGCUGUUGAACGCCCCUAUCCAACAGGUAGACCUCGCCCGGAAAGUGAGGGGCAGAAGCUCCCCAGCCCACCCUCCAAGUGGCGCUGGGAUGGUCACUUAUUAAAGUGGGGCCUCGGUAAUGAGGAGUCUGAGGGCAGACAGCGUGGACAGGGAGUGACCCCUGCCCAUUUGCCGGUGCCACUCUUCCAGGCCCUACCUUUUGGCCCCGCCUGUUGUCUGUGGGUGUCAGAGCCUGGGGCUGUGGAGAAUGGGCUGCUGUCCUGCCUACCCCAGUGUCUUCUGCUGCCAAGGCCCCCCCUCCCCCCCCCCGUGCGCCCAGGCUUGAGGUGCUGCCCAGUGCCAUGGGGGCACAGGCAACUCAGCCUCUCCCUCCUGGAAUGCCACCCUCUUCUUUUUGCAUGUAUAUACGUCUCUCAAGCACAGCAGCUUCCUCCCCUCCCUGAGUGGCUCAGACCCUCCAUGACUCCCGGGACACCUAAAGUGAUUUGGGGCUCUCUGGAGUCCUGUCUUGGUCAUCUUCUGUGUCCUGUUUCCUGGCUGUGACCCAGCUUUUCAGCGGAGGACCUGUACCUUUUCCAGACCCCCCAGGACUUGUCCGCGGCGGCGGCUGCCUCAUGCCGGAGAAUGCUGACUGCUCUCUGGAUGGGCACUGGUGCUUCUGAGCUAACCCAGGAAUAUUGGCGGGCCCAGUCCCGGCCCAUCCCAAGGCCGACGGAAGCUGCAGGCUGAUCUUAGUCCAGAUUUCCACACAGCCUCCACCCCCUAGAGACUGGAUUUCCUGUCUGUGGUGGCAGUUCCCGGAGCACCUUGAGGGACUAUAUCUCUGCCUGACAAGGAGCCCAUUGCCUGGGACACCAGAUUUGUUUCCCCAGGACCAGGAGUCUGCCAAAGCAUUGAGGCAUGGCGAACUGACACUUGGUUGGACCCGAGUCUUGCCUCUUCCUGGACUCUGAAGCCCAGAGCCUGGCGCAGUGAUCAGAAUGGGUCGUGAGCAGGACCUGAUCCUUGCCGUCAAGAAUGGAGAUGUGACCUGUGUGCAGAAACUCGUGGCUAAAGUGAAGGCGGCAAAAACCAAGCUCCUCGGCUCCACGAAGAGACUCAACAUCAAUUACCAGGAUGCUGAUGGAUUCUCUGCUCUCCACCAUGCUGCCUUGGGGGGCAGCCUGGAGCUCAUAGCCUUAUUGCUGGAGGCUCAAGCCACUGUUGACAUCAAAGACAGCAAUGGCAUGCGUCCCCUCCACUAUGCAGCCUGGCAGGGCCGCCUGGAGCCCGUGAGACUUCUGCUGCGGGCUUCGGCGGCUGUCAAUGCUGCCUCGCUGGACGGUCAGAUCCCUCUGCAUCUGGCUGCGCAGUAUGGGCAUUAUGAGGUGUCAGAAAUGCUUCUCCAGCACCAGUCUAAUCCGUGCCUCGUCAACAAGCUGAAGAAGACACCCCUAGACCUAGCCUGUGAAUUUGGGCGGCUCAAGGUGGCCCAGCUGCUUUUGAACAGCCAUCUAUGUGUGGCACUGCUGGAGGGAGAGGCAAAGGACCCGUGUGAUCCCAACUACACCACACCCCUGCACUUGGCUGCCAAGAAUGGCCACAGAGAAGUCAUCAGGCAGCUCUUGAAAGCUGGUAUUGAGAUCAACCGCCAGACCAAGACGGGCACCGCACUCCACGAGGCUGCGUUAUACGGCAAAACCGAGGUGGUGCGGCUGCUCCUAGAGGGCGGUGUGGACGUGAAUAUCCGGAACACAUAUAACCAGACGGCGCUGGACAUAGUGAACCAGUUCACCACCUCCCAGGCCAGCCGGGAGAUCAAGCAGCUACUUCGGGAGGCUUCGGGGAUCUUGAAGGUUAGAGCACUUAAGGAUUUCUGGAACCUUCAUGACCCCACCGCUCUCAAUGUCCGGGCAGGAGAUGUCAUUACGGUGCUUGAACAGCAUCCUGAUGGCCGCUGGAAGGGCCACAUCCAUGAGAGCCAACGGGGCACAGACCGUGUAGGCUACUUCCCUCCAGGCAUCGUCGAGGUGGUCAGCAAGCGGGUGGGCAUACCUGUGACCCGCCUCCCCUCGGCACCCACCCUGCUGCGGCCGGGCUUCUCCCGGAUGUCGCAGCCCUCUGCUGAUGAUCCCCUGCAGCCCCUCACCUACGGCCAGCUCCCUCGGGUGGGCCUCAGCCCAGACAGUCCAGCAGGUGACAGGAAUAGCGUGGGCAGCGAGGGCAGCGUGGGCAGCAUCCGCAGCGCUGGCAGUGGGCAGAGUUCCGAAGGCACCAAUGGCCAUGGCACUGGCCUUCUUAUUGAGAACGCUCAGCCACUGCCCUCUGCCAGUGAGGACCAGGUACUGUCAGGCCUGCAUGCCCCAUCCCUGGCAGACAACCUGAGCCACCGUCCCCUGGCCGGUUAUCGCUCUGGGGAGAUCUUCACCCAGGAUGUGAGGCCAGAGCAGCUGCUGGAAGGGAAGGACGCACAGGCCAUUCAUAACUGGUUAAGCGAAUUCCAGCUGGAAGGCUACACUGCCCACUUCCUGCAGGCUGGCUAUGACGUGCCAACCAUCAGUCGAAUGACACCUGAGGAUCUGACAGCCAUUGGGGUCACCAAACCUGGCCACCGGAAGAAGAUCGCCUCGGAGAUUGCCCAGCUCAGCAUUGCUGAGUGGCUGCCCAACUAUAUCCCGGUGGACCUUCUGGAGUGGCUGUGUGCCCUGGGGCUGCCACAGUACCACAAGCAGCUGGUGAGCAGUGGCUACGACUCCAUGGGGCUGGUGGCUGAUCUCACCUGGGAGGAACUGCAGGAGAUAGGCGUGAACAAGCUGGGGCAUCAGAAGAAGCUCAUGCUAGGUGUGAGGCGGCUGGCAGAGCUUCGAAGGGGCUUGCUGCAUGGGGAGGCCCUCGGUGAAGGUGGACGCCGGCUGAGCAGGGGGCCGGAGCUGAUGGCCAUUGAAGGCCUGGAGAAUGGGGAAGGCCCAGCUCUGGCUGGCCCUCGCCUCCUCACCUUUCAGGGCAGUGAGCUGAGCCCAGAGCUACAGGCAGCUAUGGCAGGAGGUGGCCCGGAACCACUCCCCCUGCCCCCUGCCCGUUCUCCCAGCCAGGAAAGCAUUGGGGCACGCUCUCGGGGAUCUGGUCACUCACAGGAACAGCCUGCCUCUCAGCCCAGUCUGGGGGACCCCAGUGCCCCACAGGAGAGGAACCUUCCAGAGGGUACAGAGCGCCCCUCCAAGCUUUGCCCCCCACUCCCUGGCCAAGGACCUGCCCCUUAUGUCUUUAUGUGUCCACAGAGUUCCCCCUCUAGCCCAGCCCCAGGGCCCCCUCCUGGCGCUCCCCGGGCCUUCUCCUAUUUGGCUGGCUCUCCUGCGGCUCCUCCAGACCCGCCUCGGCCCAAACGCCGGUCCCACAGCCUGAGCCGCCCUGGCCCUGCCGAGGGGGAGGCCGAGGGGGAGGCUGAAGGGCCAGUGGGCAGGGCCCUGGGCAGUUAUGCCACCCUUACUCGGAGACCGGGACGCAGCACCCUUGCCCGGACUAGCCCUAGCCUGACCCCAACUCGAGGGACCCCCCGAAGCCAGUCCUUCGCCCUGCGCGCCCGUCGUAAAGGUCCCCCGCCCCCGCCCCCCAAGCGCCUCAGUUCCGUCUCUGGCUCCACCGAGCCCCCUUCCCUCGAGGGAAGCCCGGGACCCAAGGAAGGGGCCACGGGUCCCCGGAGGAGAACACUGAGCGAGCCCACGGGCCCCUCAGAGCCCCCCGGCCCCUCUGCCCCGGCUGGCCCUGUGUCGGACACAGAAGAGGAAGAGCCUGGGCCUGAGGGGGCAUCCCCAUCUCGGGGCAGCUCAGGAGAAGGGCUGCCAUUCGCAGAGGAAGGGAACCUGACCAUCAAGCAGCGCCCGAAGCCAGCUGGUCCCCCGGCCCGGGAGACCCCUGUGCUCGCUGGCCUUGACUUCAACCUCACAGAAUCAGACACCGUCAAACGGAGGCCCAAAUGUAAAGAGAGAGAGCCGCUCCAGACUGCACUGUUGGCCUUUGGGGUAGUGGGUGGUGACACCCCGAGCCCCUCUGCUCCCCUGUCCUCCCAGGCCCCCUGUGAACCCCCCUCAACGUCCUCGAACCCUCCACGGUCUGAGCCUAGCAGCCUUCCGUCUCAAGGAACUCCAGCUCCUCCUCUCGGCCCCCUAUCUCAGCUCCCCGGCCACCACGGGGCCUCUGCUGGGCCAGCUCUGGCAACAGGCAGUCGGCUGCCUGCGGAGACAGAGCCUCCCGCUGCCCCUGCUGCCCUCCUCAAAGUGCCUGGAGCAGGAACAACUCCCAAGCCUGUGUCUGUGGCCUGCACUCAGCUGGCAUUUUCUGGCCCAAAGCUGGCUCCCCGGAUUGGCCCCCGCCCGGUACCUCCUCCGAGGCCUGAGAGUGCUGGGCCUGUGUGUCCCGGCCGGGCCCAGCAGAGACUGGAGCAGACCAGCUCCUCCUUGGCAGCUGCCCUGAGGGCAGCCGAGAAGAGCAUUGGCACUGAGGAGCGAGAGGGCCCCACAGCGACCUCUACCAAGCACAUUCUGGACGACAUUAGCACCAUGUUUGACGCCCUGGCUGACCAGCUGGAUGCCAUGCUGGAUUGAACGAGACCGGCUUGUGACCCGCCCUCCCAUGGUACCCACCGUGGCCUGCCAGUGUUCACCGCCUGUGGCCCAUCCUGGAAGAAGACCCUGGCACCCAAGGAACAGGCUGAGGCCCUCCUGCGGCUUCCAGCAGUGGCUGUCAGGCCCAAGGGGGGCGGAAAGGACUUGCCAGAGCCUGACUGGAGGGCCUCAGCUGUAGGGGAGCAAGGCCCCUCCUGUGUACAGGCGACUGCUCAGCUUUGGCCCCCCGACAGGGACCCUGGUGAGAGCAUUCUCUAGGAGGUAGCCGCAGGGCUUUCGGAUGUUUAGGGAACUCUUGUGGCCACCCACUGUGCGGCUCCGGGGCCCUGGGAGGCUUGAGGAGGCUGUGCACUUGGCUGGCCCUCUGUGCAAGUGUACAUAGGUGAUGUAAAUACACCGCAGGGGCAUGUCUUUCUGCCAGUGCCCGGUGGCCCUGUCACCUCCUGCCUGUCUGGCCAUCCUACCCGGGGAGGCAGUGCUGGCCAGGGGCAGGGGCAGUGCGGUUAACAGAUCCCCAAUACCCAAACUUUUACAACUGUACAUAAUAUUUUUCAAGCAGAGAGAAAUGCGUAUAUUUUAAAUGGAAUUUAUUCUAUCUAUUAACUGCCUGAGAGAAUGCAGCGGGGGAGGCCUUCACACCACAGAAGAACCUCUACCCACCUCCUGCCGGAGGACCCAGUUGGUCCAGGCCCAGGAUCUGUAACUAUUAACCUCUUCCCCACUAACCCCAAUGAAAGUGUCAUUCCACGUGA